AUGACUCAAAAUACCGAUGAAGUCUGGGACUUGGCUAGGCGUCUUGAAGCGACUCAGGACUACCAGUUUUACAAUCCGGACAACUGCAAGAAGACAGAUUAUCGUCGGCGAGAGAUACCACAGCACUUCAAUAUAAGUCACUGGAAGUUUCAGGAUAAAUUUUAUCAGAAUUUGGGCCUACCAAUUUACGCCUAUCCUCUCUUGAUGGGUAAAGAUGAUAUAUAUCAUGAUCAAAUCGUUAUUCGUGGAUACAACAAGUUUUUUUAUGUUGAUAAAACUGCCCGAACUUCUUGGAAGAGCAUCGAAGAUAACACCAAAGGACCAUAUGAAGUCAGCGGUAUAGAGGACGGCUGUACCAUUUUGAUCGGCGGUCUUUGGGACGGAACUCUUUUAGUCGUGAGCAAAUUUCCCUGCAGCACCCAAGACGGCAGCACUGGUCCUGAAGAGGCUGGAGAGAGAUGGCUGAAGAAGCAACUCGCCAAGCUCGAUAAGUCUAAGGAAGACCUCGCUAUAGAACUAAGGUUCAGAAAUGUCACCCUCGUGGCAGAGCUGUGUGACGACAGUUUUGAGGAGCGUGUCAUGUCUUAUACUGGAAAAAAGGCAGGACUCUACCUUCACGGAAUCAAUGAGAAUGUUCCAAAAUUUGUAAGCUACCCGAGCGCUCAAGUACAAAAGUUUGCAAAAGAGUGGGGAUUUCUAACGGAGAACGUUGUGGUAUUUCAAGGAAUCAAAGCUGCCAGGAGCUCUCUUGAAAAUGCAUCAAAAGCUGGGACAUACAAUGGAAGGGCAGUUAAAGGGAUUGUUAUUCGGUGCAAGAUGCUUUGGGGUAAGUCAAAUGAAUACGAAGACUUUUUUUUCAAGUACAAACUUGGAGGGCUAUAUCAGAUAUAUCAUCAAUGGUGUGAGUACACCAAAGCCAUGAUAAAGUCUCAGUACGUCCCUAGAAAUAAUGACAUGAUGACACAUGAAUACCUCGAGUUCGCUAAAAAAAAACUCCUUCAGGACCCAGAGCUGGGAAGGGCUUACUUGAAUAAUCAUGGAGUCAUAAGAUUUAGAGAAGAGUUUGUAAGGGAAAAAAAGAUUUCGGGCUUCAGUAUCUUAAAGAGAAGUCUAGUAGUUCGGAAGUUAUUAUUAAAAGAUGUCGUUGAUAACAUCAUCUUAGUGCCCAUAAGCACUAUUGGUUGCGGAAAGACAACAGUUUCCCUUUCGCUCUCUUUCCUCUUUGGCUGGGGAUGUGUCGGGAACAAUACUAUUGAAGCUCGAAAUCGGCCAUAUAAAUUUGCCGAGAAGGUACUGGAGGAACUAACGAAAAAGCCGGUUGUUUUUGCUGAUAGAAAUAAUGUACAAAAGUUCCAGCGAAAUCAACUGAUCCUCCAUUUUUUAAGAAAAAGACGACAAGCUCGGAUGAUUGCACUGAACUUUGUGAAUAAUGAAGCAUCACUUGAAAAUAUUCGAAAAGUCACUCUAGACCGUAUACUUCCGCGGAUUGAAAACGAUCAGGGAUCGGACACAGGGCUACAAAAAGAUCGGGCAGUCGAUAUAAUGGAUGACUUUAUCGAACGAUUUGAAAAACUAGAUAUAUUGGGCUGGCCGGAUCGUAAUUUUGAUGCUGUGAUUGAUCUCAAUCCAACCCUUGAUUCUAGGGCCAACUUGGAGAUAUUAGUAGAAGGGCUACGAAGCAUAUUUCCCAAGCUCAUCACAAAAGUACCAACUAAGGAAGAACUUGACGUAGCAUUCUCAUCUGCCCUCAAUAAAUCAAAUGAAAAAACGAAGUCCACGUUUCCGGAAAGAUUCAUUGAGUUGCCGCACGGCAUGGGUCAAAAUUCAGACGCAACACAUGUUGCGAAUUUCCCAAAUAUAAAAUCCCCUCAUUCAACACAAGUUGAGAAUUCAUAA